UCCGUGUUUACCACCCUGGGUUAAUCACAAACUGAAAGAAGUGCAACUCAGAGUAUGGGAAACGCUAUGUAGCUGUGUACUUAUAAUAACGUUACUACCUGCUGAGGAUUUAUCGUAUUUGUUUUAAAUCAAUCGAUUGGAGUGAAUAGCCAUCAAACUGCUCAGAUUCCGCGUCUGACGCAGUGUUUAGGUUGAAUAACGUUACUCAAGUCGGGUGACAUCCAAUUAGCUAGCAGCAAUGAUGGCGUCGAGCUACAAUGCUAAAGAAGAGGACGGUCAUCAUUCAGGAGCCGUAGGUCCCGGUGGAGCAGGUGUCAUUAAGAGCAAGAAGCCCGAUAACACGGCGUUUAAACAACAACGAUUACCAGCUUGGCAGCCAAUUCUGACAGCUGGCACUGUCCUCCCAGCGUUUUUCGUGAUCGGGCUGAUCUUCAUCCCUAUUGGCAUUGGCCUCUUCGUCACUUCCAACAACAUAAAAGAGUUUGAGAUCGACUACACAGGAGUAGAGGAGUCCAGUCCUUGCUAUGUUUGCUCUUUCAAUUACACCUGGAAUAAUACAACUCCCUGCCAAUGUUCGAUUCCAUUCUCUCUUGACCAACCAUUUGAGAGCAAUGUCUUCAUGUACUACGGCUUGUCCAACUUCUACCAGAACCACAGGCGUUAUGUGAAAUCUAGGGAUGAUAGCCAGUUGAAUGGUGAUAAAAGUUCAUUAUUGAAUCCAAGUAAGGAAUGUGAACCAUACCGCUCUAGUCAGGGAUCACCCAUAGCCCCUUGUGGUGCUAUUGCUAACAGUCUCUUUAAUGAUACCUUGGAGCUGUUUUACAAUUUUCCAAAUGGUACUAGCAUUCCCAUACCAUUAGUAAAGAAGGGCAUUGCUUGGUGGACUGACAAGCAUGUGAAAUUCAGGAACCCAGGAGGAAACAACAACAAUCUAACAGCUACAUUUGCAGGCACAGCCAAGCCUGUCAACUGGCGGAAACCUGUCUUUGAGCUCGACCCCAGCGACCCUGACAACAAUGGCUUUGUCAAUGAAGACUUUAUUGUGUGGAUGCGCACAGCUGCCCUUCCCACUUUCAGAAAGCUUUACCGCAUCAUCCAGAAGAAGAAGGACAACAUGAUGCCAACACUACCCAGAGGAAACUACACACUGAACGUCACCUACAAUUACCCUGUGCGCAGCUUUGAAGGCCGUAAGCGUAUGAUUCUGAGCACCAUCUCCUGGAUGGGAGGGAAAAACCCAUUCCUUGGCAUUGCUUACAUCACUGUAGGCUCUGUGUGUUUCUUCUUGGGCGUGGUUCUCCUCUUCAUUCACCACAAGUACGGCAGCAGGAACAACAACGCAGACAUCCCCAACUGAGAAGACAUCACCUGAGGUGCUCACGCACAUUCCUGUGUAGCUGCUGAACCCUUGCAUGGACUACUGGCUUUCCCAUUGGCUCAUUUUCUGUGUAAAAAAUUGAGUGGUGCUCCAAAGUUAUUUAAGACAUUAAAUCCAUAUACAUUGUCAAGUGUAUACAAAUUAUUUCAUACAGAGGUCAAAUACUGUAUAACGUAUAGGGAAAUUAACCAACUGAAAUUUUGGAUUAUUAUCGCAGUGCACAGAAUUUAGUGCUCUUAAAUUAUUGCUGGUGAUGUCAUUCUUUACAGAAUUCUUUAUUCAGUUUCAGAAUAAGUAUUCAGUAUUCUUUAGAGAUACCGUCUGCUGUGUAUUUUACUUGACAAGUAAUUUUAGGGCCUAGUUUAAUCAUGUAGUUACAGUAUCCUGCCAAAUAUUGUUGGAUUGCAGUGGCAGUUUGUUUUAAAAAGCUCUACGGUUACAGAUACAGCAUCGAUCUCAAAAUCAAUGCCCUAAGCAACACAAUUUAGUAUUUUAUACUUGGAACCAGUUACCCUGAUUUGACCAAAAUUGUUAUGAUAAUCUAUGCCACACUCUACUACAGAAUAUAUGCAGUGUACCAUCCCAAUCAAAAUGAUGGUCUUUAACUCAGAACUACAGAUUGAAGGAUGUUCUUGCUUUUCCGUUCCCUAUGUGUUGUCUUGUCCAACUGAAUGUAAUGAGUGUGGUACUGGUAGCUUAAUAUAAGCUAUUAUUCAUGUACAUUUUGCAGCCAUAACCUGAAGCAAAUAUUUUCAUUCAUUUUACAUAGGGGUUGCACAUUGAUGUCAGUAUGAAUCACACCUGCUUCUUGCUUAGUUUUGCUUCUUUAUGUUUAUUGGAUCAGAUUGACCUCAUUAUAUCUGACAUUUCAUAUGCAUGUUGCAGUUUUUGUUUAUGUAUCUCAUCAAGGGCUAUAUUUAUUUCUCUUGUUUUUUAUUUUGUUAUUUAACAUUUUACACUCUUUGUUGUAUUUAUUGUGACCAGAUCAUUUUGAGUUGAUAAUCAUUCAUUGUUGUGUUGGAUGAUCUUAUUUGUCUUGUUUGUUUUCACUGGUUUGAAAUAACCCAAAUGUAGUAUCAUAAAAAAUGCACUUUAAAAUUGACAUACAUUUUAAAGCAGUACCUGGGGAUUAUUUAUUGUAUGCUGUUGCUUACACUUUCUUUUACAGUAUCUAGCUAAAUAUUUUGUCAAAAUAACAAGCACAAACAUAUGAGGCAACUGUAGACCCCUUCAAAACUGGAUUUGGUAUUUGAGCCUCCCCAAUUUUUUUGUCUAUUGACAAUUAAAUUGACAUGUUGUCUAUGCAUGCCUAAUUAUGUGAUACAGCAAAAGUCAGCCAUGUGAGCCAUUAGAUGUGCAUAGAUAGGCAUGUGCGCUGAGCUUUGUAGACACUGUAAAAGAAAAUUUAAUCAUAUUUUUUGUAAUAGGGCUACACCUUGAUUUUUGACAGCUGGAGAUUGCUAAAAUUAAUAAAUGAUCCUGCUUACUCCACA